GGCAGGCAGGCAGGCAUCGCGGGUGAGGGAUUACUACCAGCAGCGGCGAAGCCGGGCGCUGGAGAGCCUGGGGACCUGGUGGGUCCGCACGCGGGUCGCGACGAACUGGCAUCGAUGGGAGUCGGGCACAGCUGACCACCACCGCCCAGCCGCUCGCUGCGAUGGUGACUGGCUUGAGCCUCCUGCUGCGCGUCCUGCCGCUACUGCUGUGGGGCUGCCAGGACGCACAGCCCACCCCGCGCGGACACCCGGAGCUACGCCAGGAGGCAGAGGCAUUCCUGGAGAAGUAUGGAUACCUCAGUGAGCAGGGGUCCAAAGUUCCAGCCUCCACUCAGUUCAGCGACGCCAUCCGAGAGUUCCAGUGGGUAUCCCAGCUGCCCAUCAGCGGUGUGCUGGACCGGGCCACACUGCGUCAGAUGACACGCCCACGCUGUGGGGUUGCAGAUACCGACAGUCACGCAACUUGGAUAGAGAGGAUCCGUGCCCUGCUUGCUGGACACCUCGCCAAAAUGGGGCGUAAGAAACGCUUUGCAAAGCCAGGUCACAAAUGGUACAAGCAGCAUCUUUCCUACCGCCUGGUGAACUGGCCCAAGAGCCUGCCUGAGCCAGCUGUGCGAGGGGCUGUCCGUGCCGCCUUCCAGCUAUGGAGUAAUGUGUCAGCGCUGGAGUUCUGGGAGGCCCCAGCCACAGGCCCUGCUGACAUCCGCCUCACCUUCUUCCAAGGAGACCACAAUGAUGGGCUGGCCAACGCCUUCGAUGGCCCAGGGGGCGCCCUGGCGCACGCCUUCCUGCCCCGCCGAGGCGAAGCGCAUUUCGACCAAGACGAGCGUUGGUCUCUGAGUCGCCGCCGUGGGCGCAACCUGUUCGUGGUGCUGGCUCACGAGAUCGGCCACACGCUCGGUCUCACGCACUCGCCCGCGCCACGUGCGCUCAUGGCGCCCUACUACAAGAAGCUGGGCCGUGACGCCUUGCUCAGCUGGGACGAUGUGCUGGCGGUGCAGAACCUGUACGGAAAGCCCCUAGGACGCUCAGUAGCCACCCAACUCCCUGGAAAGAUAUUCACUGACUUUGAAGCCUGGGACCCCCACAACUCCCAGAGCAGACGCCCGGAAACCAGAGGACCUAAAUACUGCCACUCUUCCUUUGAUGCCAUCACUGUAGAUGGGCAAUGGCGACUGUACGUCUUCAAAGGGAGUCACUUCUGGGAAGUCACAGCUGAUGGCAAUGUUUCAGAGCCUCAUCCACUACAGAAAAGAUGGCCGGGACUGCCCUCUAGUAUUGAGGCUGCUGCAGUGUCUCUGGAAGAUGGAGACUUCUACUUCUUCAAAGGGAAUCGCUGUUGGAGGUUCCAUGGCGCGAAGUCCGUGUUCGCACAGCUCUGCCGGGCAGGUGGUCUGCCCCGACACCCAGACGCAGCUCUCUUCUUCCCGCCUCUGCGCCGCCUAGUCCUCUUCAAGGGUUCCCGCUACUACGUGCUGGCUCGAGGAGGGAUGCAAGUGGAGCCCUACUAUCCCCGCAGUCUGAGGGACUGGGCCGGGGUCCCUGAGGAGGUCAGCGGCGCCCUGCCAAGGCCGGACGGCUCCAUUAUCUUCUUUAGAGAUGACCACUAUUGGCACUUGGAUCAAGCCAAACUGCGGGUGACCAGCUCUGGCCGCUGGGCCACCGAGCUGUCCUGGAUGGGCUGUUGGAAUGCCAACUCAGGAGGUGCCCUGUUCCAAAGGCUCCCCGUCACUGAAUGAACUGUGGUUGCUGCCACCUGAGGGGUGGGACCUGUCUAGGAAGGCCCUCGGCCUCUCAAGAACCUCCUGGGCAGUAAGGACUCCAAGCAGGAAUCACUCUGCAUUUGUUCCCCGUGGUGGAAGAACUAGGGUUCCCAUAGCCUUUACCGUCAAGGACCCCUUUCCUUCCAACUUGUGUAUGUGGGGGGGGGCAGAUUCUGUUGUGGUGAAGAUGCCGUGAAGUGCCCAGGA